AUGGCCGGCGCUGGGAUCCACCCAUACCACCAGCAAUGGCCCCAGGCUGCCGGUCCUCCGCCGCCUCCUCCGGUAGUCACCGCUGUCGCUCCUCCUCCUCCUCACUACCUCGUCGACAACCCUAACCGGCCCGCCACCGACGAGGUCCGGACCAUUUUCAUCACGGGUCUACCGGAGGAUGUAAAGGAGAGAGAGAUACAGAACCUGUUGAGGUGGUUGCCGGGUUACGAGGCCUCCCAGGUCAACCACAAAGGCGAGAAGCCUAUGAGUUUUGCUCUCUUUUCCACUGCUCAGCAAGCCAUUGCUGCCAAAGACGCCCUUCAGGGAAUGAUUUUCGAUUCGGAGUCCAAGGCGGUGCUGCACACGGAGAUGGCAAAGAAGAAUCUUUUUGUUAAAAGAGGAAUCGUAGCUGAUGCAAAUGCUUAUGAUCAAAGUAAACGAUUGCGAACUGGUGGUGACUACACGCAGGCUGGUUAUAGCAGUCCAUCUCCUUUUCAUCCUCCUCCACCACCUGUUUGGGGCCCACAUGGGUAUAUGGCUCCACCACCUCCUCCAUAUGAUCCAUAUGGUGGUUAUCCUGUUCCUCCAGUACCAAUGCCCCCUUCUGCUCCUGUACCAGCACCUAGUAGUUAUGUACCUGUUCUGAAUACAAAAGAUAACCCACCGUGCAAUACCUUAUUUAUUGGCAAUCUUGGAGAGAGCAUUAAUGAGGAAGAACUGAGGGGCCUUUUCAACUCACAACCUGGAUUUAAGCAAAUGAAGGUCUUGAGACAAGAAAGGCAUACUGUUUGCUUCAUUGAGUUUGAAGAUGUAAACAGUGCCUCCAAUGUACACCACAGUUUGCAGGGUGCUGUUAUCCCCAAGAAAGAUAACUCCCAUCACAUUCUCAAAUACCCUACCUUUCAACCCAUCAAAACCCAGAACGUUGCCAUCGUAGAAGUAGCUUUAAUUUUUCAUCUUGGUUCCCAGAUGUAUGGUAUUUCUGGUUUAGUGGCGUGCAAAAGUCAUCAUAACCCAUUUGGGAAAAGGAAGGAUGGGAACCACCCUGGUGCUGUCCCUGCUGCCAAUGGAGCUCCACCGGCUAUGACAUACCAGUAG